UCUCGCGAGAGUUGCCCAGAGAUUGCUGAGAGCGGGAUUGUUCAUUUCAGGGAAGGGAAGGAGGAAUCUGGCGGUGAGUGAGAGGUGCUGUAUUGGAUCUGCCUGUAACCUGUGAACAGCUAAAAUGGAUGACAGUGAAGACAACACCACUGUCAUUUCCACACUACGGUCAUUUAAUAAAUUUCUUUCUCAGCCAUUGGAAGGGACAGCACCUUCUCUUGGUACUUCAACAUCUACUGGAGCUUCCCUUCAAAUGCAGUUUCAGCAGCGCUUUCUGCUGGAAGACCAGGCAGCGCAGAUUCGUUCAAAGUCUCAUCUUAUUCAGGUUGAACGUGAAAAGAUGCAGAUGGAACUAAGCCACAAACGGGCCCGUAUUGAGCUUGAGAAAGCAGCCAGCACCAACGCCAAGAAUUACGAGCGGGAAGCAGACAGGAACCAGGAGCUCAUCACCCGCAUCAAGGCUCUAGAGGAAAGGGAGAAUGAUUUUCAGAACAAACUUCAAGAGCAGAAUGAAAUGAUCAAAUCCUACAAGAAAACCAUAGAGGCUCAAAGCAAGAAGCUGCUGGAGAAAGAGGACAAACUGUCUGAAUUAAAUGAGAACAUCAGUGUGUUAAAAGGAAAAGCAACUGAGCUUCAGUGGAAGAUAAUGAACCAAGAAAUGCAAAUAAAGACCCAGGAGACUGAGAAGCAGGAGAUGACAGAGCAGCUGGAAAUCCAUCGCAAAAAGCUGCAAGAAAGCAAUGAGAAGAUGCAGGCACUGCAUGAGCUUCAGGCGCAAAAUGUUGAUAAUGAACAGAAAAUCAAGAGCCUGGAACAGAAACUGUCAGCCCAGGAACAGGAUGCUGCCAUUGUGAAGAGCAUGAAAUCUGAUUUGGCCAAAUUGCCGAAACUGGAAAGGGAAUUACAGCAGCUCAGAGAUGAGAAUGCUUACCACAGAGAAAUGAAAGAAAACAAUGCAUUGCUUAAAGAAGAAGUAGAGGGUCUGCGCAGAGCCGCAGAACGCUUUAAUAAAAUGAAAGAAGACCUGGUGGGAUUGGAAAUUGAGAAAGAACAACUGCUAAAGAAGCUGAAACUUUGGGAGAGCCUUGAGCAUACAACUGGAUUAAACAUAAGAACUCCGGAUGAUCUUUCCAGACAAAUCAUUGCAGUGCAACAGAGAGAGCUGAAGCUGAAAGAGGAGAACAUGACAAUUCAGAACAGUGCAAGAAUGCUGGAAACAUCACGGCAGCAGCUGCGAGAAGAACUUUUAAAAGUCCAGGCCGGUUUUCUAGAAGAAAAGAAAAGGAGAGAGCAUCAGGAGGCAUUUGUACGCCGUUUGCAAAAGCGGGUCCUUCUUCUGACUAAGGAACGGGAUGGAAUGAGAGCCAUUUUGGAUUCUUAUGAUAGUGAGUUGACCCCGACCGAACAUUCUCCUCAACUGAGCCGCCGCCUGCGGGAAGCAGAAGAUAUGGUACAGAAGGUUCAGGACCACAAUGCUGAAAUGGAGACACAGUUGUCAGAGGCGCUGGAAGAAACAGGCAUUCAGAAGCAGAAGUCUGAUCUUUUAAUGGCAGAGCUGAAAGUCUUAAAGUCUCAGAUGGGCUCAUCAGAUCAAAACAUCUCUUUUACAAAUGAGGCAAUGAACACUCUCAGAUUGAAAAUAGAGGAGCUUGAAGCUGAACGUGGUAGAUUAGAGGAAGAGAACAAAAUCUUAGAGAUGAGACUGGAACGCUUGAAUCUUCAGGGAUGCUACGACCCAAGCAAAACAAAAGUGAUCCACUUGGGUCUAAAUCCCUCAAGUCAAGCCAAGCAGCAACGUGCGGAAACAGUGCGCCAAUUACAGGAAGAAUGCAGUAAGCUGCGGGAGCUUGUAAGGAUUUUAGAGGGAGGAGCCCAAAUCCCAGACAAACUGGAGGCAGCUGGAAGUGUGCAGUCUUCCCAGGAACUUACAGAACUGAAGAAGCAGUUGGAGAGUGCUGAAUUGAAAAACCAGCGUCUUCGGGAGGUCUUCCAGACGAAAAUUCAUGAGUUCCGUACCGCGUGCUACAUGCUGACAGGGUAUCGCAUUGAUAUCACCACUGAGAAUCAGUACCGCCUUACAUCCAUGUAUGCGGAACAGAAAGAAGAUAACUUGUUGUUCAAGGCGUCCGGCUCCUCCGGAGGGAAGAUGCAGCUGCUAGAGACGGACUUCUCUUUGACCUUGCGUGAUUUUAUUGAUCUUCACCUACAUCACCAGAACAGCAUCCCAGCAUUCCUCAGUGCAGUCACCCUUGACCUCUUCAGUCGCCAGACCUUUGCGUAAAGGCUGAGGGCAACAUGUAGCUAACCAUCCUCUCAAAUGUACGUGUUACUGAAAUGAAAUGAUUUGUUAGUUAAGUUGUAAAAAAUGGAUCCGACUACUGAAUAUUGUUUGCAUUUGAAAUCAAAUCCUUGAUGGCCCAGGUGUUUUUGUACUGUGUGUCUGAUUAACUAAAUAUGAAUAAAGACCAAUGUUGCAUUAUAAUGUUUCCAAGGAUGAAUCAAUAAGUAGCAUCGUGACAUCAUGCUGUGAUGUAAUAAAUUCUUUUAAUACAGU